CUAGAUCUGUGGGUCAACGAAGGAGAGCAUUCAACCAGAUGCUACGGAUGAUGACGGUGAUGACGUGGAGAUGGAUGAUGACGCAUUGCUUGCAUACAUUGCUUCAAUGAACGAAGAGACCCAAGGGUUAGAAAUGGAACCUGUGCCGUCCACCUCUAAACAGCCGACACAAGUGGAAUCUGAACCCAGCGGCAUGCUACUAAAUGAACUGCGCACUGAAGUCGCUGAGAUUUAUCAGCAAAUGCGCCAAAUGUGUGUGGAAAUACAGGCCAUGAGCAAUGCUCAGAGUGUUCGCGAAGGUCUUCCAGAAGAAUUCGCCGCUUCCGGAAGAGGAAAUCGCACCCCCGAUGAGUUGGCUAUGGUUGAGAUGGAUUUUAAGUUGAGCUCAUUGCGUUCAGUACUAGGCGACUUGAGAGGAUUACUCCGAGAGCUGACUGCGGACGGAGUGUCAGAGAGCUUCACCGCUUUUCUCACUCAAGGUCAAUCACAAGCCGCAGAAAGUGAAUCCGCUGAACAUUACCUGACACCGGAAUCCGAUGAAGUUACGGUGGAGAUGUUGCAACAACGGAACGUAUUGGUCAAUGAAGUUGCAUCCGCCCACCGACAGUUAGCUAACUUGCAGCAGCAACUGGAGCUCGAGAAUGGGUCCACCACUUGUUUGAACGAUCGGAUGAGUGCAAACGAAACGGGCAAAAAGGAGUUCGUUGCAAAUUGGCAGGUGUUGGAAGACGAUGAAUACGAAUUUGAGCUACCACGGGACACGCUACCAUGAACUUCACAUUGGGCGGGAGUGCGCUAAUCCCCUUGCGACAAGACGGCUCAUGCUAACCAUUGCAACUUCCUACACUUUAUUCAGGAACACGACGCCAUGACAAUCCGCGCCAAAUUGCAUUUCUGCAACCCAACUGAUAGCUGUGACAGAUUGAUAAUAAAAGCAAUAGAAG